AAGUUAUGUUUGUAUGUAUGUAUGUAUGUAUGUAGUAAGAUCUGCGUACGGACCUAAGAGAAAUUGCAAGUAUAAUUUCUGUAUAUAAAUCAAUGUAUUUUGCACUGUUAGAGGCAUAGGUACUUUGGUAUACCAUUGGAACAAUCAACAAUGAAGACCGUCGUGGUUUUACUACUCGGAGUUGCUGCCGUUUCGGCUAUACCCAUUGAUGAGGAGCGGCAAUCCGGUGAGAAUGGCUGGUAUGUACCACAGGCGGAUGGAUCCUUCGAAUGGAUGACAGUUGAAGAAGUUGAUGCAUUGCGUAAUGCUCCUACCGGUCGUGCCGCCGCUAAUGUUUACUUCCACCUGUACACUAGUGAGAAUCCAACCAAUGCAGAUCUACUCGUUACCGGUGAUGUUCAGUCCUUAAGUACAUCUCAUUUCAACAAAUUUAAUCCAACUAAAAUCGUUAUUCACGGUUGGCAAUCGGACUCUGACUCCGAUUUAAAUCCAUUGAUUCGUGAUGCUUACCUGUCCAAGGGUGAUUUUAACGUCAUUUCUGUCGAUUGGAGCGACAAGGCACAAACUCUGAACUACGCAGCCUCCGUAUUGCGUGUGGCUGGUGUUGGUAAACAAGUAGCUGGUUUAAUUGAUUUCAUGUACCAGGAAGGUGGUCUUUCUUUUGAAGACGUGCAUUUGAUUGGUCACAGUUUGGGCGCUCACGUAUCCGGUUAUGCUGGCAAGAAUGUGAAAUAUGGACGUAUUCAACAAAUUACUGGUUUGGAUCCUGCUUUACCUAUGUUCAGUUACGACAAACCUGCUGAACGCUUGAACCAAAAUGAUGCCUACUAUGUUGAGUCCAUACAAACCUGUGGUGGUCUCUUGGGUUUCUUGAAGCCUAUCGGUAAAUCUGCCUUCUACCCCAAUGGUGGUAAAAGCCAACCUGGCUGUGGUCUCGAUCUUGCCGGCUCAUGUGCCCAUUCACGCUCGUGGAUCUACUAUGCUGAAGCUAUUGAAAACAACAAUUUCCCAUCGAUGAAGUGUGAGGAUUAUGAGACUGCUGUUGAAAAGAAUUGUGGUAAGACAUACUCAUCUGUUCGUAUGGCAUCUACCAGCAAUCACGUUAGCGCCUCUGGUGAGUACUAUACUCCAGUAAACAAGAAGGCUCCCUUCGGCAAAGGAAACUAAUUUUUUUUUGUUUGAUUUUGAAAUUUAGUGUAACAAAUACAAAUGUCUAUACGCAUCAUAAGGAAAUAAACA